CCUCCUUGUCCUGUCCGGUCCUGUAUCCAGUGUGUUCCAUUGACAUCUUCUCUCUCUCCCUUCUCUUCUUUCCUUUUCCGUCUUUUGGAUACUCAACACUCCUGGAGAAAUCCUUCAUUCCCGGUGCGUCGUGUCUCGCCCGAUUGCAUGGCGCGCACUGCGUUACCUUGCAGCUGUCAUCGUCUCUGCUGCUACUGUUCAGUGCUGCGAACCCAUCUGCGAUUCGCAAACGCCCAUCUCGCCGUCGCUUCGGGAUCUCGGCAUUCAGUCUUCACCUAGGCUGUAGCUUCUUUUGCUGGUCCCCUCAUCUGCUCCUCGUCUCCUCCAAUCCCCAACCUCCAAACGCCCCCCCUCUUCAAGGGCAAAAAAAAGAAGGGACUCCUCUUUCGCCAACAACGGAGCCGCAUUGGAACCAUUGGAACCACACACCAGCCAGCCUGGCCAGGCUCUGAACCGCAAACAGCACAAGCUCCAUUUUCUCGUUUCUCGUUUCCUCUUCUCAACGGCCGGUAACGCGCAACCGGGUGGCAGAGAAAAAAAGGAAGGGAGAAGAAGACCAAUCCAGAAGCACGCAUCAUUGCCUUGCCUUGCCUUACCUAAGGAGGUACAUCUAGCCGCCGCAACUGGGACCUCUCAAAUCCCGAAUUGUCUUUCCCACAUCCAUUACCCGCCUCCGGCCACCAACACCGGCAUCCCGAAUCAGAGACACAGAGACACCCGACCACACACGCCAGGACCGUACGCCGAACGACGUUUUCGCCUUGCCCCAGGAAAUUGCAACUCCCGAGUGAAGAGCCCGCCGCCUGCACGCAACUCUCCACGCCGCACGCGCUCAUCGCCUCCGAUCGGCCGCCCGGCUGGCCCCCCGUCACUUCCGUGAACUGUAAAUCUUUCCAACCCGGCGGACGGGCUUCGAAAGGGGGAGUUCCCGCCUUUCUGUGCCUGUCCCAUACAGAGGUCCGGAGAAAGCAGAUAUCGUCACCACGGUCUGUCAGACUCUCAAAGCGGUAAACAACGAGCUGCAUCUGUAGCUGCCACCGUAUCCGUGACGUCCUCCACCACCAUCUUCACUUCCGCCGCCCACGCCGCCGACGACACCCGGGUCUGAUGCAAAGCCCGUCGCCAUCAUGACCGAGUCGCAAACCACCCCAACCCCGGACCAGGCCUCCAUCGAUGAUCUCACCCCCGAGGAGGCCAACCGCAUCAUCCACUCUCACCGCAAGGUCAGAUAUGGCACCGCUUGCUGGCCAUGUCGCCAACGCAAGGUAAAGUGCGACAACAAACAACCAUGCGAAAACUGCGUUAAGCGAGAACACCCACAACUAUGCUCCUACAAGCCAAAUCGCACAGCCUCUCACGGUACAAACCACAAGGCCGCCGGCUCCGUCACAACAGAGGGCGGCAAUAGCAAUGCCGGCGGUAAUGGUGCCACCUCCACAACGGCGCCGACUACAGCAGGCAACGGCACGGCUUCAUCAGUGCUCAAUCGCAAAAGACCGCACUCGCCUGAAGAUCCUGCCGCAGACAUCGCCGCGGGCCAACCUCCCUUAAAGCAGGAACCCGGCAGCGCGACCUGGCCACGCGCGGCCAUCGGUAAGUCAUCAUUGUCGUCUUCACUGCCGCAAGACCAGCAUAUCCAUUCUGGUUUGAGACCUUUUGCUUCUGCAGCAUCGUCGUCGUCGUUCAUGGGAAACAACAACGGGUUGUAUACUGAUAAGCUCCCCCGGGGACCAGUAGCUGCAGGCGUGGUGGACGAAACCGAGGCCCCCGAGGCCGUCACGCGGUAUCUCGGCCAAAAUAGUAUCCCCUCCCUGUUGAGGGAGCAGUCCGGCGCCAACGAUCUGCAAGAGGGCGUCGAUAUACGGCAGGACAUGAGGUCCAUUCUCGGACUCGAUACCUCUGCGCCCUUCCCGCUCAUGUCAUCAAAACAUCUCGAUAGUCUGACGAGGGAGAUUUCGGCGGAGCUGCCCUCGGAUCGGGAAGUCAUGAAGCUGUUCCGCACAUACAAAGAGACUCCCCAACAAUUCUGGGGCUUCGUCGUCGAUAUUGAUGACCUCGAGUCUAAGCUCAUGGUCUACCUCGAAGACCGCGCCCGCAACGCGAGCAACGCCGCACGCACGCCGAAACCCGUAUCCGCUUCAUGGCUCGCCAUUCUUUUUGCAUUGCUGGCCGUCGGGUCGCAAUACCACGACUCGCCGUAUCAUAUCCGCACGCGGGACUCCCAAAAGUACAUACAAAUAUCGUUCCAUUUCUUGCGGCUCGGCAACUUUUUACUACGACCCACAUUCGAUUCCAUCCAAGCUCUCUUGCUCACCAGCUUCGUCCUCCUCAACGACAUGAAGGCCGAAGCCUCGUGGGCCCUGCUCGGUCUGACCUGCAGACUGGCCCAGUCUCUCGGCCUGCACCGGCCGAAUCCCUCUGACGGACGGGACAGUGCCCGGAAUGACGGACAGUCCAAGGAGAUGAUCCGCCGGAAGCUGUGGUGGACGUGCGUGUGGCACGAUACCCUCACAUCACUAUCCUUUGAUCGUCCUCCCAUGACAAACAUCCCCUGCUGCCCGAUUCCGACAGUAGCAACCACCAUUGCCGGCGAAUACGGCUACUUGGACACAAUGUAUCACCUCUGCGAAAUCAUCUCGCGGCGUUUGAACCCAGACGUGGCAACGACAGUAAGCUACGAGCAAAUGGUUGAAAACUGCGAGGCUGUUGAAAACCUCCGCAACAACGUCGCCCCCAACAUUCGCAUCAAGGAACAGUGCAAACGCGCCAUCGACCGCCUGCAGCACUACGCCGUCCGCCUGCACACUUCAUUCGUCAUCUCCGUCUGCUGCCGCCCCGCCCUCCGCCGCGAUUGCACCAAGCUCACCCCCGAGCAGAAGCGUCAUCUCUCGGACAAGUGCCAGCAUAACCUCGCCGAGACAGUCCGCAUGUUCCUCGCCAUGCACCAGCUCUCCGUCAUUCCCACGCGCAGCUGGGCGUUUACGUAUCACGGUCUCUCGUCCGCACUGCUCCUCGGCAUCCUGGGUGAGACGAAGAAUAGUCCCGAGGUCCGUCAGCUGCAGGGCGACCUCAUCGCCGCGCUGUCCGCGACGGCCGCGAAGGAGGCUACCUCGCCCACGGCUCACAUCCCCAAGACGGACAAGGACAUCGAGCUGUCUGGACCAUUAUGGAGAGCGCUGACGGCACUGCGUAACAUUUACGAACAUGGCACCAUCAUGGGCACAUCGCAGAUGAAGGGGACUGACUCCAGCGGCACUGGAAGCGGGGCGAGGACGCCGCUGCCGCCGAUGCUCAUGGGCCCGAUGGGUAAUAACGUCAACGGGAACAAUGACGGGAAGCCGUUUGGCAUGGACCCCCACCAGGACGCGGCUCUCGCCAUGGCCGAGAUGCAGAAUGGUACAGCAAUGACGGAGUACACACCAAAGUACGUUAUCUCUGAAUCUCCCUUUUCCGGUCCUCUCUUUUCUCGGAUGUUGCUAACAAGUCACAGCAUGGGAUAUCCACCCGUCAGCAUGGAUAACAUUGCCAACCUAGACCCGUCAACAUACAUGUCCCCAAUGGAUCUCUACGAAUCAAUCUGGUGGGAAUCGCCCGACCCCUGGAACAGCGGCGUCGACACCAUGAACUUUGAUUUCGUCGCCCAACCGCCGCCGGGCCAGCCCCAGCAGCAAUUCUAUUUUUGAGUGAAGAAAGCGCAAAGCAGAUAAAGCAUGGGCGGUAUACAAAACAAAUUUAUUCCUGAUGUGCAACAUCAUCAUCAUUAUCAUCGUCUUUUUCUCGGAAAAUUCAAUUUAACCAACCAUCCCACCAAAUCUACUUGACGCAGUAUUGACUGAUUGGGACAUGAAAGCGGCGCUUGAUUUGCUUCUUUAGGGAAAACGAGGAGGGGCACGAACCUACACACUGUUGGUAACCCCACGAUUUGUGUUUGAGUUGGACUUUGGAAAGGGUGAUGGAUGGAUGGGAUGGGUGCUGGGUGGUGCAAAUGGCGAGGGGCGGCUGGCUUUGUUGUUAUUUUUGGUUGAAAACUCUCUUCAAUCUCCAUGGAUCCAGGCGCUCUUCUUCUUUGGAACCUUGUUCGCUUCUUCCCACGAACCCUCUUGCGAGAGGUGGUGUUGAUGAGGCCGGCAUAUAUGGUAUUUAAUCAUGUUCCUUUCUAGGGUUUCGCACGUGUUACGAUUCAGGAGUGAUAGUCAAGAUGCCGUCUUCAAGUUCUUUGGUCGCGGUUUGUCUAGCGAAUGUGUCGAUACUGG